CUUGUCUUGUUUUUUUAGUCGUGUCGAGUGUCUCCAAGCCCUUUUGUCCUUGUUUUGUUUUCUCUGCUUAACGAAAUAGAGGAAGUGAUCUUCUGUCGUAUGUUUCAUUGAUACUAAUGAAUUUUAACUCACUCCUUUUCACGUUCUAGGCAGCAAGUCAAGGGAGACUUUUUUGCUUGUUUCCACAUAACUUUUGAGAAAGCUGUUUCCAAGAAGGCCACAAGAAGUUUCUUUCAAGCUUCUGAAUUGUACGAAGUCAUGAAGCCAAGCCGAAUUGAAUGGCGUUGACGUGAUUCCUCCUUCCUAGAAUUCUUCCUUUUGAAAAACAAACUCCACUAUCCAAAACCAAGUUCCCACAGAUCUGAUUCAUCUUUUGUGUCUUGUGUUGGGAAGCAGCAGUUUGCAUCAAUGAGUAUUAUGAGAAAGGGAAGUUACAAAACUGUUGGCUCAACCUCAGUAGAUACUGGUGUUGGUCUUGUUUGCCAGUAUCAAUUUGAAAAUGGGUCAUCUCAGUUUGUGUUCAUGGAUAUUGAAAGUGGAAAAAGAGCUUCCCUUAACCACUGGCUCUGCUUCUCCACCGAAAACUUUGUGCAGACCCUUGCUUCCAGCAAUGGUUUAAUUCUCUUGUCAGGUUUUAGUGAGGACCAAUUCUGUUAUCAUGUGUUCAACCCCCUCACCAUGCACAAGUUCACAAUCCCUCAAACUAGAAUCCAAGAGAAUGUUACUAGAGUUGGAUUAGCCUUUGAUGGAUGCCAGUUUGAGGUUGUGGUGGUUGAAGCAUGUUCUUCACAAUCCAAUCAACUAAAAGUUCAUGUUUUCUCUUCUGACACUGGCAAAUGGAGGAGCCACCACCCCAUCAACAUAACUGCUCCUUCUUUGCCAGAAUUUGAGUUCCAAGAACUUGGCAUUCCUCCUCUUUACUCAAACGGGUCAAUUCAUUGGGAAAUCGGUGGACACUUGCUGGUGUAUCAAGUCCAAGGACGCCACUGUGAGCUAUAUGAACUACCAAACUAUUCCAAGGAUUGGUCUUGGCAACCAACAUUGACUUUUCGCCGUCGUUUGUGUGAAUCAGGAGGCAGGAUUUACUAUUGCUACACUGAUUUUGAUGGCUUCCACAUUUGGAAGCUUCUCAAUGAGCUCGAGCAUGAAGGGUUUCUGUAUCAUUGGGAUUACAAAACGUUUCCUUGGAGUUUAGUCCACAGUGUUGAACCUGAAGUGUUCAUGUCUAAGCUCCAAAACUUUUGUGACAUGUUCUUCUAUGAUUGGGACCCUUUCAAGAUUGCACCCAUUGCCUUUGGUGAAGAAGCACAAAUCAUAUAUUUGCAGCUUCCAGGAUCUGUUGUUUCUUACAAUCUUGACACAGGAACUCUGAAAUCAAUCUGCACCUACUCUUAUUCAGACAUGAACUUCAAUUGCUGCUCCUUCUUUUCUUCAACUUCUCACAAUGCACUCAGUGACACCAAUGGAGAAACAGAGCUGAAUCUACCCAUUGCAGAAUUAGAAAAGUUAGCCCUAUAAAUUACCUUUUGUUUCAGUUAAGUUAUGACCAUUGGGUUCAGGUGUCACUGAACUCCAUAAUUCUAGUACUAGUUUUUGACGUUUUACUUAUGUGAAAGUGUGUUGU